AUGGCCUUGGCAACUGAAUCCAUUGGCGUCUAUGGCCUCCGUCAACUGCCAUCUCCCGACUAUGAAUAUUACGAUGUACCUGAGUUGCCUCUUACACAUAGACGGAGUUCAUCAAAGACUGCGAGAAAAUACAAGUUUGACUACAACAUUGCCGACCACGAGGGCAACCAGCAAUAUCGGAUCGAAAGGGCCGACACGCAGAACACCAAGACGGGCGCGUACGGAUACCGAAAUGUCAACGGGAUCUUCCGCCACGUGAACUACAUCGCAGACAAAUACGGCUUCCGCACUGUGGUGAACACAAACGAACCCGGUACCGCCCCUAUGGACUCUGCUGAUGCCGUCUUCAACGCGGCUCCCAUCAAAAUUCUUCCUGUUAAGGCACCCCAACAUUCAAUAGCUGCCGAAAACAUUUGGUAUGCAGGCCUCGCAAAAGAAUAUGGCGGACGUUACGGCCUCCGGAACGGCGUACCUGCCCCUUCAAAAUAUCAUCAGCAAAGGCAGCCUGAGGUUGAUACCGAUCACAUCGGCUUUGCGAAUCCAGAGCUGAACUCGGAUUACUACUACGAGUAG